CUUGACUGUUAACCGGAAAGAGUAGCUCAUUGGCUGGUGGCUGCGGGUUUCCUCUCAUUAUUUACGUGAUCCUUAACCAUGUGUCUGACGCCAUAUAUAACAGUAAUUAAGAUGUGAUGAAUAAGUCGUUAAAUACUAGUAAAAUAUUCCUUCUUUCUUUGUCUCUUCAUUUAUAAUGUCUGAAGUAGGCUACGUUGUCCACUGUUGCCUUAGACACGUAUGGGUGAUUAUGACGUCAUCCAGUUUAUAAAUGUGAACUUGACAUACACUGAUCACACGGAUUUCACAACCAGGUUACGGAGUUGAAGCAAAAGUGGAACGUGAUAUUUUAUUGGGAAAAGACAGAAACGAAGAAAUAGCAAAUAUGCCCUAUUGCAGCUGCAAAUCGAAAAUCAAAGUAAACGAUUCGCCACUCAGGAAAACUUGGAUGGUUAACAUGGCAGCGAAAAAGAAACUAGGAUUGGACUUAGAGGUACUGACAAGACGAAGCCAAAAUCAGUGGAGUAAGCUCAAUCACGCUCUUCACAAGGUGGAGCAACAGCUGGAGCAGACAGAAGAUGAGGCAAGGAAACCAAGUAUUUUACCCGUGGAGAAAUUCCUUUCGAACGUUAAACCGGCUGUGAAAGACUCCACUUUCAGUUGGGAGGACAGAAACUGGACAUUUUUGUGUAAGAAGUCCAAAUGCCUUCAGUUCCCGUGUAUAAAACCAGAGAAGUAUCAUACCAUUGGCUUUCGUCCUGAAGUGUGCGAUGACAGAUGGGCGUCUUGGGAAGAGAUACAGCCCGUGUACGCGGACUACGUAGAAUUCGAAAAGAAAUCCAUAUUGCGAAACACAAAGAAUACACCAAGCAUUAACAUUUCUGACAGGGAGGCGUAUCUGAAAAAGGAAUGGUUGUCAAAAAGGUCUGAAAAUUAUAAAUGUAAACCAGAGCCUUGGGAAAUAAACUAUGGGAAACCUGUGCCUGGCAGGUUGCUAAAAUAUCCAGUUCGUUUUAUUCCGAAUGUGGCAGCAUGUUCGAGGCUAUUCUACUAACUACAAUAAAACUAACAUAUAUGCAUGCAUAAUACCUUUAAAAAGUGUCAAAAUCUUGGAUGUGCCACUUUGAUAUAUAUAUUGUAUUAAUAGCGAUAUUAAUUAUUCUAGUGUAUUUAAGUCCACUUUGAAUGUAACAAAAAUUGGUUUAUUUUUAUUUAUUUUUAUUUAAUUUAUGAAUAUAUUAUUUCUUUGUAUACUUACGUCAUGCAUUUAUUAUCUAUUUUAAUAUUGUAUUUAUUUAUUUUUAUUUUAUUUAUUUAUUAAUUUAUUUAUUUAUUUAUCAUGUGUGUGUGUGUGUGUGUGUGUGUGUGUGUGUGUGUGUGUGUUUCGAUCAUUGAUUGAAUUUGGUUUCGUACAAAAUUAAUAUUCUUAAUUAAUAAACUAAUAAUAGAUAAUUAAUGUAGUUACACAAUACUAUUCAGAUGUAUUUGUGUUAAGUUAUUCUUUCUAACGCAAAUCCUUGUCCAAGAAUAGUAUAGUAUUGGUAAUUUAUGUUAGGUCAGUCCAACUUAAACUGAAAUAGAUUUUAUACACUAGUCUACAAAUUAAAAAAAAAAAAAAAAAUCAAAGACUUUCAUAUAUUAAAUUAAUUGUACUGUGUAUUACGUUUACGUAUCUACCGGUAACUCUUUUAAAACUAUAUUUGUUAACUUUUAUCUUAAUGUUUAAUACGAUUCGAGUUUUUAAUGUUGCCAAAACCCUCUAUUUAUUUGGGAUUUUUUGUUUUGUUUAACGACACCACUAGAGCAAAUUGAUUAUUAAUCAUCGGCUAUUGGAUGUCAAACAUUUGGUAAUUUUAACACAUAGUCUUAAGAGAGGAAACCCGAUACAUUUUC